UUGCGGCAGUCCACCAAUAGUUUCGCGGGGUGUGAGAGCGCAAGGCGAGAUCCUCACUUCCUGGUUAAAGAUGGCGGAUGAGAAUGAGACAGCACCGCAGCCGGAGAAAGAAACUGAGGUAGAAGUGGAUCACGGACACUGCAGCAAUUGUGAAAAUGAAGAGCACCACUCUGAUGACGGGGAGAAGGGCGACACAGGUGCCAAGAAGAAGAAAAAGAAACAGAAGAAAAAGAACAAAGACAAGUCCGGAGUAAAAGAUGUAGUACAGGAUCCGCUGGCCAAAGUAAACUCCCUUCCUGCAGAUAAGUUACAGGAGAUCCAGAAGGCCAUUGAGCUGUUUUCGGUGGGACAGGGUCCGGCUAAAACCAUGGAGGAGGCCACACGUCGCAGUUAUCAGUUCUGGGACACUCAGCCUGUUCCUAAACUUGGAGAGACUGUGACAUCACAUGGCUGCAUUGAGCCAGAUAAAGACAGCAUACGAGAGGAACCCUACAGCCUCCCGCAGGGCUUCACCUGGGACACUCUCGACCUGGGAAACCCUGCAGUGCUGAAAGAGCUGUACACUCUCCUGAAUGAGAACUACGUGGAGGAUGAUGACAACAUGUUUCGUUUUGAUUACUCCCCUGAUUUUCUGCUCUGGGCUCUACGUCCUCCAGGCUGGUUGCCUCAGUGGCACUGUGGAGUGAGAGUGAACUCUAAUCAGAAGCUAGUUGGUUUCAUCAGUGCCAUUCCAGCCAACAUUCGCAUCUAUGAAAUAGAGAAGAAGAUGGUGGAGAUUAACUUCCUGUGUGUGCAUAAGAAACUUCGCUCGAAACGAGUGGCUCCGGUACUCAUCAGGGAGAUCACCAGACGGGUCAACCUGGAGGGCAUCUUUCAGGCUGUGUACACCGCAGGUGUGGUGCUGCCCAAACCAGUGGGCACCUGCAGAUACUGGCACCGGUCCUUGAACCCACGAAAGCUGAUUGAGGUGAAGUUCUCUCACCUGAGUCGAAACAUGACUAUGCAACGCACCAUGAAGCUCUACCGACUGCCAGAGGCUCCUAAGACUCCAGGCCUGAGGCCGAUGACUGUAAAGGAUGUGCCAGCAGUUCACCGCCUGCUGAAGGAAUACCUGAGCCAGUUUAACCUGGUUCCCGUCAUGAGCCCCGAGGAGGUCCAACAUUGGCUGCUUCCUCAGGAGAACAUCAUUGACACCUUUAUAGUGGAGAAUUCAGACGGGAAGGUGACUGACUUGCUGAGUUUCUACACUCUGCCGUCCACCAUCAUGAAUCAUCCUGUGCAUCGCAGUCUGAAGGCCGCGUAUUCCUUCUAUAACGUACACACCACCACCCCCCUGCUGGACCUGAUGGGAGACGCUCUCAUCCUCGCCAAGUCGAAAGGAUUUGAUGUGUUUAAUGCACUGGACCUAAUGGAGAACAAGACAUUUUUGGAGAAGCUCAAGUUUGGCAUUGGAGAUGGAAACCUGCAGUAUUACCUCUACAAUUGGAAAUGUCCCAGCAUGGGGUCAGAAAAGGUGGGUUUGGUUCUACAGUGACCCGUUUCACCAUCCAUAAUCUGUCUCUCGCAUGACAGUGAGGCGGAUUUAUGAUAUCACGCACUGACCACCUGACAGAUGCUACCAAUGGACUUCCUGCUUCAGGAAGGAGACUUCACUGGCCAUUUUUACGUUUGAACUUUGACCUUUUGGACCUGCACUACUGCUGCCAGAUUGAGAGAAGAUGUGUUUUCUUCUCUUUUCUCUCUUAUUUCUCUCUCUCGUUCUCUCUUUCCCUCACUCUUCUUCUUAUUCUCUCUCUGCGCAUGGACCUAAAGCCAUUGUAAUUACCAUCAUCAGAGAUGAGGAACCUUAAUCUGUUAUGAUUGUUAACAACAGUGCAUACACUCACACUCACACAUACACAUACACACACACACACACACACACACUUCUAGGUAACACCAGACAAGCUCAUGAUGAACCCUGAUGCAUAAGUGUUGCGCUAUUCGCAUCGGUAGAUUCAACUCGUUCAGUAUAACAUGAUUUUACUCUCCCUAUCCAACGGGAGGUGCUUUUUGCAGAAACAUGGAUGAAAAUGUUUAUUUCCUCAGUGUUUUAGAAAAGAACAGACAACAAUCAAAGACACAUGAAAAGUCCAAGAGAAAAAAAAAACAGCCAAUGAAAUAAUAAAAAUCCCAAGUGGACAUGACAAGGGCUGCUGUCAAUGAUUUUCCUGUGGUCGUUCUCUCCUUCGGACAUCUUAAACUGUUUGUUGCCAUGUCUCUACUUUCUUUUGACAAACGUUGACCAACUGACAGGUGCGGUACAUGGCGAGAUGUUUUUGUCCUGGUUUUGCUUUGUCUUUGCUUUUAAUCUGUCCUUUAAUCAGUUUAUUGCUUAUUUGUCUCUAACUGCCUGUGGUCCCCUUUCACUGUAUUGCCAACAGAGAAGCACCGUAUGUUUUUCAGGAGCAAGGAAACAACGAGAAUAACCAUAUAAGAUCCACAAGUUGACAAUGGUUGGAACUUUAAUGUAUACUUGGCAGAUUAGCGAGGGGAUCAUCAUAAAUUAGCAAUAAUGAUGGUGUUUUUUGAGGAAACAGUUUUGAUUGGGGUGGGUGGGGGAUCUGAAACAUGGAGUUAAGAAUGAAAUGUGGUGAAUUGUGUUGUGGACAAUAGAUUUUGCCUGCUCAUAAAGUUGUGCAGCUCUAUAAGGAUUGGAGAAGAUCCUGAUUGUGUUGUAACUCUUAUUUAUCAUGUGACUUCAUCUGUCCAACAAAUGGAAGCAGAUUGACGUACCAAAUCAGUACAGUUUUAUGAGUAACUGGCAAUAUCUAUUUAAAGAUAUUGUGGUUUUCUUGAAAAUAGUAUGGGUAAUGGAAACGGGUUGUGGAAAGUACAAUGGAAGCAACUGAAAACGGGUCUUUAGGUUUUUAUGAUGGAGUGAAAGAUGUCAACAUGUAUUAAUUUUUUUUUUUUUUUUUUUUUUUGGUGCUAAAUAAAAAGUAGCAGCUGCUGUGAAU